GUUUCCAGAACAAGAUUAUUAUGUUAUUUGAAAACUGUAAUUUGGAUUUGAAGCUCAACUAAGAGACAAACUACAAUGGUUAUGAUAUUCCUGUGCACGGUCAUAAGGUGCAUUGUUGCCUAUUUCAGAGCGAACGUCAGACGAGCGUGCACCCAAACAGUUCGACAGUCCAUCACAUCACAAUGUGUUUUCCAAUAACACUUCACGUAUCCGUCCAACUCAUUACCAAUACAAAUCCCUCUUUGUAAGUGGAGAAACGGUUGCUGUUUCCUGUACCUCUCUUCUCUUGUCCCAUGAUACUCUGAGCAGAGUCAUCUCCUAAAUUGUCCCUCUCAUUAUCAGACAUCUCACCUCAUGCACUAAGCUGCCAGCAGUUCACCUCACCCACUGGCCUGACCCCUCAGUUAAUUCCCACAUGCUGCUACAUCCUGUAACAUCAUUUUGUGGUUCAAACUUCGCCUGCCUCAAAAUCCCACCAGCCCUCCAUGGAAAACCGAAAAGAUAAGACACCAACAUGUUUUUGCUUCUGAUGUGAAAAAUGCAAACAGAGAGCACGGUAGCUGGCUCCGAGCUGCGAGCAUAUGUACAGCAUCACCAGCAUCAGGUAACACAGUAUAGUGUUUAAUUACAUCCCUGGUAGAGACGGCUCCGACCGAACUUGUCCUCCGCACAUGCUGGCAGAUGUCGAGCUCACGUGACUAUAAUUGUGAUCCCCUCAACACACACACAGGCACACACAGGCACACACACACACGUCAUUGUCUUCAGUAUUAAUGUGAGCUGGACCUUACCCUCUUGACAUGGCUUGAUUUAUGUGGGGAUGAGACACAGACACUGAAUAGUUGAUGAGCUGGGAGAAAAAGAAAAGAAGUGUAGGGGUUGGGUGGGGGCAGAAAUAGAGAGAGGCUGACGGAGAGAGGGAGGGAGGGAGCGAGGGAGGCAGAUGAAAGGAGGGUGUCCGCUCGCCUCGCUCCACACAGCUUCUAUAAGCCCUUAGGUUUGGAACGUUGGUGGAAAAUUACCCCGUGAACAAGGGGGGAGGUCAGAACUGGUCGAGUCAGACUCCACUCGUCCUGAGAGGAAGACGCAGCUGCCGCAUAAGGGAGGAUGGAGCGUGCGAUGGGCUGAUCAGAGGGGACCAAGGUCGGGCCAUGGAGAAACUAAAAGGUCCCACAGAGGGAUGCACUAUGUCCACCUGUGGAUGGAGAGCCCUGCUCCUCCCGCAGCUGAACAGACAGUCGCUGUACUUGUAUGGCAGCGAGGUGGCCGUGGAGAAGGAGUGCCUCCGACAGCUGGAGAGCGGGGUCUUUGUCAUUCACCCUUUCAGCCUCAUGAGGAGUUACUACAUCAUGUGCAUGAUGGCCAUCACGUUUCUGAACCUGAUCGGGAUUCCCAUGGAGAUUGCUUUUCUGGACGGGACCAGCGGGCUGGCAUGGGAAGGAUUUAACGUGUUUUCAGACACGCUGUUCCUGAUAGACGUGGCUCUGAAUUUCCGCAUGGGCAUCAUAGCAGAGGACAGCGAGGAAGCUAUUCUGGAUAUCAAGCGGAUCCGGCUCAGUUACCUGAGGACAUGGUUCAUACCGGACGUCAUAGCUGCUUUCCCGAUCGGCUACAUUCUGCUGUUUGCGGACUUGCAUUACAACAGUGAUGACAACCCGUCCAAGACCAACAAGAUGAUGAGGAUCCUGAUGUUUGUUCGGAUCCUCAGCUUGAUCCGACUCGCCCGAGUGUCCCGACUCGUCAGGUUCUUCAAUGAAGUGGAGAAAGUGUCAAAUGCAAACCUGGAGGUGGUCCGCCUGUUCUUCCGCAUCCUGUCUUUGUUCAUGAUGAUUUUCCUGCUGUGUCACUGGAACGGCUGCAUCCAGUACUUUGUGCCCAUGCUGGAGGAGUUCCCCUCUGACUGCUGGGUCCGCAAAGAAAACCUGAUGAAUGCCACAGUGAUCGUGAAGUACUCAUGGGGAGUUUUUCGAGCUCUCUCACAGAUGAUUGCUCUCUCGUACGGCUCCAUGGACGCUCCAACAAAUUAUGUUGAAAUGUGGAUCGUCAUGGUCAGCAUGGUGUCCGGCUGUCUGAUGUACACCGUCCUCGUGGCCAACGCCACCGCCAUGAUCGCCAACACCGACCCAGCAGCCAAGGAGUACAAGAUCAAGAUGAGUCGCUUGGAGCACUACAUGUCCUUUAUGAAGCUACCGCCUGAACUGCAGCUCCGCAUCAGCAACUACUACCAGGCUCGCUAUGGGGGGAAGUGGUUUGACCAGAAGGACGUGAUGGACACGGUGUCUUCAGCACUCAAAGAGCAAAUCCUGACAGUGAUGUGCAGCCGGCUGCUGAGAAAAGCGCCAAUGUUUCAGAACAGAGAUGAAAACUUCAUCAGUGCCCUCCUCCCCAAACUGGAGUACGAGGUCUUCCAGGAGGGAGACGUCAUCGUCCGAGAGAACGUCCCGGGCGACCGCAUGUUCUUCAUCGACCACGGCCAGGUCCUCAUGGAGAGCGAUUCCUACGAUAGGGAACUGUGUGAUGGAGACUUUUUUGGAGAGACGUGCGUGCUGACCAAAGGCAAACAUCUGGCCACAAUGAAGGCGCUGACCGACUGCCAGUGCUUCACUCUGUCCUGUGACGACUUUCGGGAGGCGCUGCAGGGCUUCCCAGAUGUCAAGAAGGACUUGGAACAAAUGGUUGAGCUCAACUCUGAUGGUGGACUCGUGUAAGACCAAAAAACUGAUUCCAUAUGUGGACAUGAAUUGGACAUUUACUUACCGAGGAGAUGGACAGUUCUUGAGCCUUGACUCGAACUGGGAAUGAUUCAGACCUCAACAGUUAAGACGGGUCAAACAUUUAAUCUCUGCUUUCUUGUUGCGAUCUAACAGCAAUGUUUGGAAAGUCAAUAUAUAUCUUAGUGACAAAACAAGAAAGAUUCAGACUUUUUGUUUUUAUAUGACUUGGGGUUUGCUUUUGAUGUUUUGGCCAUGAUCCCUAUCAAUAACAUGGGACUCACCAAGUCAACUUCUUAGAUCUGGGAUCACAUAGAUUUAAACAAGAAACACAAGCUGUCAGAUGAUCGUAGGUUGUAAAUGAAUCCAUUAACUUCUUACCCAGUUGUUCAAAGAUCCAUCACUGUUCAACAAAACACAGGUUUAAACUUAAAUCUGUAGUUUUACUUUCAAGUAGUCUUUUAGAUUAUUUGUUCUCUUGUGUGUCUUCCCGCUGGACUUAUCACCCUGUUAAUGGAUGACUGUACAGUAUUAGAUUAGACUCAAGUUGUUCUAAACUGGAAAUUUGCUUUAAAGGAAGGUUAUAUAUAAACAGAUUCUUGAGCAUAUGAAGAAUCUGGAGGCGAGGGACAAGAUUUUGGGCCCGGAAGCCUUCUGGUUUCUUUUUCUGGUUUGAGCAAUCACAUUUGAGCAGGUGAACGGUCAGUGUGGAGAGCAAAAGAGGCAGAACACAUUGACUGAAAGGCUUUUUAAUUUAUAUGUAUUCAUAUACAGAUAGAUGUUGAUAUAGAGUUUAGCCAAAAUGUCAUCUGGACCUAAAACACUUCAACAAAAAGUAUCGCUGUUUGUGUUUUGUGUGGAGAAACGUUCGACUUCUGUGAUUUUAAAAACUAGUCGGAGUCUUGGAUAUCCAGCAGCCCCAAAAUGUUGCCCAUUGCCCCUAGAAGCUAAUUAAUGACAUCCAAUGACUCAGUGAUUGAAAGAAGGUAAAAACUCAUGUAUGGCAUUGUUUCUUUUCUCUAAAAUGACAUUUAUUUGUAGCAACAUUACUCAAGACAAAUUAAUGUCAGUGUGAAAGCAACACAAAUAAAGCAGAUACUUUAAUAUGA